UGACAUCAUGGUGACAGACAGUGAGUGCAGUGCGUUUGUGGUGCCGUGAAGACACUGAAGAGUAGAAAUGGCCGGUGUGACGUCGACGCGGCCUUACCAUCCAACCGACGCCCCAGGUGCCCCAGAUGCCCCCAGGUACACCAGCCCGACCAUCAUGGUGCUGGGAGAAUUCGGUUCAGGUGCAGUGCAGUGGACUCAUGGUUGGGGCAAUCAGCACGCCGCUCAACAUACAAGGCAGUGCAGACGAUAUAGAUGUUCCCACGCCUACUGCCGCGCGGUCCACCUCUUCCUAUCUUGUUACACCGGCUGGAUAGAAGAGCAGGUCAUCCCUAAGCCCAUAAGCUGAGUGACGGCCGACACCGCCUCUACCUGCACCCCUGACCCUUUUUGACCUGGGGUUGACCUUGGGCUUACACCUGACCCGUCAUCCGAAAAACCACACCGCCUCCUACUGCGCCAGCGCACUGCAUUCCACCACCUCACCUCCCCCCCACCACCCCAGACCCCCAUAUCCCUUUCCUAUUGUACAGUCGACGAUAGAGAGUAGUGUCACGGUUUUCAGAAUGUUUAGCCUGGUGGCGGUAUCUGGCAACUAUACCACAGUGGCGCAUUCACUGGUGAUGUUAGUGACGCAUAUCAGUGUGUACAGUGUGUGUGUGACCGUGAAAUUAUAAUAUUGUAUAAUAUUAUAUUAUAUUAUAAUAUAAUGUAGUUAGAAAUAUACCAGAUUACAUGAAUUCAAUUUAGAAAUGCGAUAAUGAAUGUCUUCUACAUGAUGAUGAUGAUGACGACGAGGUAAAACAUCACGAACAGUCUGAAACACUUUUUCUUAUUAAACUUUGAAAAUACCGUGUGCAAUGCUGUCCUUCACAGAGGCAGGCAGUGACUAAUGCUCCUUACCAUCAAACAGCAAAUAGGCUUGAGGGUCUGUUUAGCUCGCAGCCUUAAUUCCCGUCACUAUAAAGCCUCAAAGACAAUUCAGAUCAUCAAAAAUCUAAAAUCAUUUCUCCGUGAAGAUUACGUAAUAUCUAAGUAUAAAUACGUGUGUGUGUGUGUAUGUGUGUGUGUGUGUGUGUGUGAGUUGAGUGCGAGCGCGGAAAAGCCCGCGGUCGACGGCCCCAUCAUGUGAACGUUUAUAGCCUAUUAUUACGUAUAAAUUUUUUAAUAAAGAACAAGAUCUCGGCUGUCAGGGAUUUAUUUUUUUAAGUUAAAAAACUAAAAGCUCGUGUCAAAAUGUAGCGACAGAGCCUUAAGAAAAAAUAUUUAUCAAGCGGGCACUUUUGAUAAAUAUCUAUCUUAAAAUUAUGGAGAGUGCACCACCGAUCACCACAACAGUACGAUUUCGAUAGGAUGUAAUAAUUUUCAUGUCGCUUUCUGAACGAAACUUACUAGACAAUGUGACACUACUCUCUAUAGCCGACUGUACAUUUCAAAAGUGUAUUUGUAACGUGUAUAUUUUCAGCUUUACAGCUGCUAUCAUUUAAUAAACCGUCUAUUAUUAUUAUUACACACACACACACACACACACACACACACACACACACACACACAAGCGCGCGCGCUCAAUAAAAAUAUAAAACUGGGGAAAGAGGUUUUAUGUUCACGGGCACCAUGAACACCCUCUUCUCCUCCCCCCUUUGACCUUCCACGCCACAGCCAAAUAAUUAUAACUCCCCACUCCUUGCCUGCAUCACUUCUCGCUUGAGCUUCCUAGGCUGUACAACUGGUGAGGUGAGUCAGACAUGGUUGGGGUGCAAGGCUUGACCACGGGGCCGCUGGGGGGCUGGCUGUCCACCUUCCUGCUAACGCUGUUUAUCAUUCUCCUCCUCUCUGGCAAGUUUGGAGGGCGUCCUAAGAACUUCCCGCCAGGUGAGUGGGGCUUCAGGUGGGCGGAGAAGGAUGCGACUGGGAAAAGCCUGAUGAUCCUCCCCUUCGUGGGUUCCCUGCAGUGCUUGCCGUUCGGGCCAAGCACGGAGAUGCUUCGUGGCCUCAGGAAGAAGUACGGCGACAUGGCGAGCUUCGGUAUUUUGGGCAACAGGUUAGUAUUGGUGAGCAGCGUCAAGCUCAUCAAGGAAGUGUUUAGCCUGCCGGUGACCACGCAGCGACCUGAUAUGGUCUUCACCACCACCAUGAGCGUAGUCAUGACCGCCGGAAAAUCCGCGGAAACUGGUUUAGCCGGCUCGUCAGGCCGAGAGUGGCAGGACCAGCGGCGUUUCGUGCUCCACCACCUCCGUGACCUCGGUUUCGGGAAGUCUAACUACGAGCCCAUGAUGCUGGAGGAAAUCACAGAGUUAACGGACCACCUGGCCAAGCAGGAGGGGGAGGGCAAGAAGCUGGAAAUAAAGCAUCUUUUCAACCGGUCCAUCCUCAACAUCCUCUGGGGCAUGAUCAUGGGGAAGCGCUACCCAUACGGCGACCCAAGACUGGCAAAGGUUAUGAAGGGCAUGUCUCAACUCGAGGAUUAUAACUUCCUCCAGACCCUGCAUCACAUCCCCUACAUGCUCCGUUUGUUGCCCUACCUCCCCGUCAAGACGAAGGAUGUUACAGGGAUCAAAGCUUCGUCGAAAUUCCUCAAGGAGGAAAUUAAGGCGUUACUCGCUGAUGAGGACCUCAGGAACGGUAAUAAUUUGACGGCCAUUUACGUGAGGGAGAUUGAGAAGAAUGAAAGUCCGAGCUUUAACAUGGACCAGCUGGCGGGACUGAUCUUCGACAUGUUCGCGGCCGGCCAGGAGACCGUCUCAGGAACCCUCUGCAUGGGCGUGUACCUGAUAGCCAAACACCCGCACGUGCAGCGCCGCCUACAGGAGGAGCUGGACGACGUGGUGGGCACGGACAACCUCCCUUCAAUGCUUGACGUGGAACGGUUGCCUUACCUCCAAGCCACCGUAUAUGAGACUCAGAGAUUACUCAAUCUCGUCAAGUAUUCCCUGGCACACAUGGCAGGCGAGGACUGCCAGCUGGGCGGCUACGACAUCCCAAAAGGAACGUGGCUGCUGCCUAACCUGGAUGAUGCCCAUACAAGCCCCGAGUACUGGAAGAAACCCCAGGAGUUUGAUCCUCAGAACUUCCUUGAUGAAAAUGGAAAGUUCAAGAAUAACGAAGCCUUCAUUCCGUUUGGAGUGGGUAGGCGCGUGUGUAUUGGGGCAUCGUUUGCCAAGAUGGAACUGCUACUGUUCGUCAGUCACCUGUUCCAAAGGUUCACCGUCACCGUGGUGGAGGAAAUGACACCGUUCAGCGAAGACAAUCCAUCGUUUAACACCCCGCCAAACUACACAGUCAGCGUCAAGUGCCGAUCCCAGAAAGACGCCGCUCUUCGUCGAGUGACCGAUUUAGUCGGCGCCGAUAAAGUCGGUCUGUCGGGACCCUCUUCAUCAGCCGCUACCCGAUAAAGCUCCAUGGUCCAACGGUCACGGUCCUCCAAGUAAAAUCAACCCCACCACCUUCCCUUAUUAUUGAGAAGAAUGAAUCACUGCCUGCGAUGUUGAGAUUCCUGCGGUUCAAGGUAAAGUGAUUUUUUUUACCAUAAUAUCAGUUUUCAUUGGUAGUUUGCUGUAAGUAGAAUGCAUGCAGCUAUUAUUUUUCCAACUCGUUAUUACUGCUCGUCCAGCCAGUUACCAAAAGGCACUAGUCUUUAUACUUUAGCUUUCAAAUUUUACAAAGCAAUUUGCUAGCACCUUUACUCCAAAUAUGAAACGACAAGGAAAAUUGCAAACCAGUUUUCCGGUUGCAUCAUCAAAAAGGUAUCCAACGAGUAAACAAAAAAAUCACGUUUCAAAUAUUUAUUGCAUAAGAGACGGUCGAGGUUUACAUGGGUGAGUUUUGCGUGUGCGCGUAGUGUUCUGGAUCCUGGUGGAACGAGCUUGUGUGGGGACUUGAGUGUUAAUUAGCGUGUGUGUGUGUGUGUGUGUGUUUGCUGAGGAUUAUGUAAGCAUUUUUUUAAUGAUGCUGUUCGAUGGUAAAAAAAUGUAUGAGAAUGUGAACACGUGAAUGAAUGGAGAAUUAAGUACACAUAUACAGGCAUAAAUAACACAGACAACAAAAACAUGUCAGUCCUCGUCGACAGACCGACUUUUUCGGCUCGGCUGACGUCAGCCGAUAGAGUCGGUCUGUUGACACCUUGCUACGGGCCGCCAUUGGCAAAGGCCCUUGAUCGCCC